UGAACGUCGCCGGCUGAUGCGGGGGUGAAAAUUCCAACAAUUCGCUCUUGCCGCACUGAAUGCACGUCAACACAAUCACAAACGAUGCACUCUCGUUAAAUUGGUUUGCCCUGCAAGCUUUCGGGUUCGUGGGUUACACAUCGAGCGGGUAUUCGAAUCCACAUGUCGGUAAAAAAUCGCAUUGUCAACGUAACGGUAGGGAAUCUCAGUUUGCCUGCUGCCUUAGCUCGGAAGGGAUUGUUAAAUCACACGUGGAACAUUACGGGCUAUGCACCUUUCAAACGUGGUGGACCAUUUUCCCUCGUGGCUACGCAAAAUCACACAAAAUCGUUGGCCGUGUUUAUAGGUGCUUGCAGAGUGUGCCAAGGCACAGACACGAUUGAAGGUGUCUGGUCGAUAAGUCGAGAGCCACGAGACUGUCGCGAUUUCCAACUAUCGACGAGUAUACAUAACGACAUAUUUCGAAAAACGCAUCUCCUCAUGGCCUUCAAAGAGAAACAACUCGCGAGAGCGAAUAGUGCGAAAUCCUCAAGUCCAGGCCCUUCGACGAUCGAGGAUUAUUCUGACUACGAAAAUACCGAUUUGCCAAGAUGAAUGAAUAAAACGAGGACCAUGAAACGUUGACAAAAACUGUGUGGGGACAAUGACCGAUGAUUGUUAUCGAAUCCGGGAAAUUUGCGAAAUAUUCGAUUAGUUUAAUAUUUCGAUGGAAUUAAACAUUUUUGAGAAUCUCACGAAACAUUUUUUUCGAGUGUUAUUUUAUCUAUCAAUUUUCUUCAAGUCCCGUGACGAAUAGUUUAGUUGAUUAUUAAUAGAAAGUGUGUAAACAAUUUUUUAAAAAUCAAGCUGUACGAAAACCAAUUGAAAUAAAAUUGAUUUUUCGUU